AUGGCAACCUUUAACAAUGGUCAAUUCCCUGCGAAUCUACCAGUUUUGGAUGGAAAGAAUUAUGAUAAUUGGAGCAAGCAGAUGAAAGUGCUAUUCAAUUAUCAAGAUGUGAUGGAACAAGUGAUUAGUGGUGUGGAACCACUUUCAGAAGGUGCAACAGAGGUUCAAAGAACACAACACAAAGAAUUGAAGAAGAAAGACUACAAGGCAUUGUUCAUAAUUCAUCAAAGUGUAAGCCCUGAUAUCUUUGAAAAGGUUGGAGAUUGUGAAUCAGCUAAGCAAGCUUGGGAUAUCUUGGCUACAGCUUAUGCUGGAGAUCAGAAGCUACAAAUGAAAGAGAAAGAAACUGUAAGUGAAUUCUUCACUAAAAUUGCAAAAAUAGUUAAUGAGAUGAAAGCCUGUGGAGAAAUUGUGUCUGGUACAAUGAGAGUAGAAAAGAUAUUGAGAUCUUUAACUCCUAAGUUUGACUAUGUGGUAGCUGCUAUAGAAGAAUCUAAAGAUCUUGACAGUAUAAAAGUUGAGGAACUGCAAGGAUCUUUAGAAGCACAUAAACAAAGGAUGAAUCAGAGAAAUUCUGAUAAAUCCAAUGGUGAGAUAGCAUUACAAGUUCAGCAGGGUAAUAAGAAUAAGAAAGGAAAGGGAAAAUGGCAAGGCAAUAAGGGAAAAGAUGGUUAUCAUAAUGGUAAUGGAAAAGAAAAUCAAGAUACCAAAGGUGGUGGAAAUCAGAAGAAACAAUCUAAUGGUGGAAGAGGUGGUUACAAUGGAGGUCAUAGAGGUGGAAGAGGUGGCAGAGGUGGAAGAGGAAAGUUUGACAAGAAAAACAUUCAAUGCUAUAAUUGCCAAAAUUAUGGUCAUUUUGCAGAUGAAUGUAGAUUCAGAGAGGAAUCAAGUGAUGUUGAGGCCAAAAUGGCUAGAAAUGAUGAUGAUGAUGAGGGUUCAGUGACGCUUCUUGUAACUACAAAGGAUGAAAGUGACUUUCAAGAGAAAUGGUAUCUUGACACUGGAUGUACAACACACAUGGCAUGGAGGAAAGACUGGUUCACAAGCCUAAAAGCUACUCAGAAUCACAAUGUAAAGUUUGCAGACAAUAGCAGCCUUGCAGUACAAGCUAUUGGUGAUGUGACCAUCAAAAGAAAGGAUGGUAAGUGCUCAGUGAUUUCUGGUGUAUUGUACAUACCAGGUAUGGAGUGUAAUCUACUCAGUAUAGGCCAAUUACUAGAGAAAGAUUAUAGAAUUGUAAUGGAGAAUAGGUUGCUGAAAGUGUACAACACUAAAGGUAACUUGUUGUUAAAAACUGAAAUGUCAAAGAAUAGGACAUUCAAUAUUGAGCUCAAUGUUCUGAAUCACAAGUGCUUGAUGACUGCAUCAAGUAGAGAAUAG